AUGGGGACCAGUGAUGGCGAACAGCCGCAUCAUCCCACCGAUACUACUACGAACGAAGAGCACUUAGAAAACCAAAAGUUUACUGGUCCAGGAAACGAGAAGGAAGAUAGAAUUGAUAAUGUGGACCAGGAAGUGGAAAAGAAACCUGCCGAGCCCUUCCAGCGAGACUGGCGCUUCUGGACAAUCAUCUCGACGUUGACAGUCAUUGGAAUCUUGUCCUCACUGGAGAACACAGUGGUUGUCACCUCUCUGCCUGUCAUACUUGAUGACCUUGCCAUUGGAGAGAACUACAUCUGGAUCACCAAUGUGUUCUUCUUGACUGGUGCUGCGGUUCAGCCUUUGUUUGGCCAGCUUGCCAACAUUUUUGGCAGGCGUAAGAUUACGCUCAUUAUCGUUGCCCUUUUUACCCUGGGAAGCGGUAUCUGCGGUGGCGCAGAGUCUGGCGCGAUGCUUAUUGGUGGCAGGGCUGUGCAAGGCAUGGGCGCAGGAGGCAUCAAUAUGAUUAUUGAUGUGAUCAUCUCCGACCUCGUUCCUCUGAAGGAAAGGGGCAACUACAUAGCUAUAGUCCUGACUGUUUACUUCAUUGGCUUGGCAGUCGGGCCAUAUGUUGGAGGCCGAAUCGUGGAUACCACCACUUGGAGAUGGGUUUUCUAUCUAAAUCUCCCUGUGGGCGGCGUGGCCAUGGUGUUGAUUUUUGUAUUCCUCAAUGUCAAGUACAAUAAAGAGAUGACAUUCGUCGAGAAGAUCAAACGCAUUGACUAUGUGGGCAACAUCAUCCUGAUCGGAUCUACAGUGUCAAUCCUCUAUGCCCUGACAUAUGCGGGGACGAGAUACCCGUGGAGUCACUGGAGCAUUCUGCUAUCUCUCAUCUUGGGGCUCGCAGGGCUCAUACUAUUCAUGGUAUUUGAGGCUCUCUCCUGGGUCAAGGAACCUGUCGUACCUCCUCGCCUUUUCGGUAACAGGACAUCAUUGACCAUCUUUAUUGUUACCUUCCUGAAUGCUGCACUUUUGUACUGGCUAUUCUUCUUCCUACCGGUUUACUUCCAAGCAGUUUUAUUAUCCAGUCCUUCGAGGGCUGGUGUUCAAUUCCUGCCAAUGAUCGUCAUCGCUCUCCCAGCAGCGAUUGUGGCUGUUCUCCUUCUGAGCAAAUUUGGAAAAUAUAAACCACUUCACCUCUUUGGCUUCGGUGUCUGUACCCUUGGGUUGGGUUUGAUGACCAUGCAAGAUCAAUAUACACCAACUGCAGAAUGGGUCGUUUUUCAAAUGAUUGCCGCUGGUGGCUCGGGAUUUGUUCUCAACACUCUUCUCCCGGCAUGCCAAGCAGGUCUUCAAGAAAGCGACCAGGCGGCAGCGACAGCAACCUGGUCAUUCAUCCGUUCGUUCGGAAGUAUCUGGGGGGUGGCAAUCCCCGCCGCAAUCUUCAACAAUCGUUUCGACCAAUUAUCUCAUAUGAUAGAUGACCCGUCAGUUCGUCAAAUGCUGUCGGCUGGUCAUGCCUACCAGUAUGCUUCGAAGCAAUUCAUCCAGUCAUUUGGGAAAGAGACCGAAGAUCAAUUGGUCGAAGUGUACUCGAGAGCUUUAAAGCUGGUCUGGCAACUCGCUGUCGCCCUCUCGGCGGUUAGCUUUCUUCUGGUGUUUUUGGAAAAGCAGAUCAAACUAAGGACGGAACUUGACACCGAGUAUGGUUUGGAAGAUGUCAAGGAGAAGAAGGGAGUGGAAGAUACAGAAAGGAAUUUAGAGGGGAAUUGA